AUGCAUUUCCGAUCUUUGAGGGGGUCAUAGUUUUUUGCAUUUCCGACAUCUCCCAAUUUCAAGUUAUCAGAAACCGGUGUCUGUCUGUCCGCCUGUCUGUCCGCCCGCGUUUGAUUCACAAUGUCUGCAAGUCCUGCUGUGGUUAUGCGGCUGGUGGCCUCUGCCUACUCUGUGGCUGAAAAGGCUGGGUCCAUUGUGAGGAAGGUUCUUCACAGUGGAGACCUUGGCAUUGUGGAAAAGACAGGAGCUAAUGAUCUGCAGACGCUGGCAGACAGACUAGCACAGCAGAGCAUUUGUGCUUCAUUGUCCAGACGUUUCCCAAAAAUCACCAUCAUUGGAGAGGAGGAGCUUCCAUUUGAGGAGGCAAAGGAGGACCUCAUUGAGAAUGGCCAGGCAGAGGAAAUCCUCCAGAAGAGCUGUCCAGCAGAAUACAGUGGACUGAAAGAGGAGGAGCUUGUGGUGUGGGUUGAUCCUCUUGAUGGCACAAAGGAAUAUACAGAAGGGCUCCUGGAUAAUGUGACAGUGCUUAUUGGUAUUGCAUAUGGAGGCAGAGCUAUAGCAGGUGUCAUCAACCAGCCUUUCUACAACUACCAGCUUGGAGCAGGAGCGGGUUUAGGAAGAACCAUGUGGGGAAUGCUGGGACUGGGCGCCUUUGGAUUUCAGCUGAAGGAAGUUCCAGGUGACAGACGAAUUGUCACCACCACCCGUUCCCAUAGCAACAAGGUGGUAACGGACUGCGUAGAUGCCAUGGAGCCGCAUGAAGUUAUAAGAGUGGGUGGUGCUGGAAAUAAGAUAAUCCAGCUUGUUGAGGGAAAGGCGUCUGCUUAUGUCUUUGCUAGUCCGGGAUGCAAGAAGUGGGACACCUGUGCUCCUGAAGCCAUCCUCCAUGCAGUCGGAGGUAAACUGACUGACAUGCAUGGCAAUGCAUACUGCUACGAUGCUAAUGUAAGGCACAUGAAUUCUGCUGGCGUUCUCGCUACACUACGCAACCACGAGUACUACGUCAGCAGAGUACCACAGUCAGUGCUGCAAGCCCUCAAGACAGAUUGAGGUCUGUCUAAAUCAGGAAACACACUAAUGCUCCACUCUGGCGGCAGAAAAAUUAGCAUGUAAAAACAGUUUAAGAUCCAUCCAUAGACAGGGUUCUGUGUCUGAAAAUGUUAUAAAAUCUAUUUUUUACAUAAAGUUGAUUUUUUUUUUAUUCCUCCAAAUCAACUUUGUUUGACCUCUGUCUUAUAUAUGAUUUUAACCACAGGUAACUGUUAUGUAGUAACACAUUUAUUCUCCUGUCGAAGAUUGAACAUGGCGAUUUCAGACUUACCUUAGUCCAUGUAAUUCAACAACACACACUUGAUUUACCAGAAACAGUCAGGAACCAGGCUCAACAGCACUUCCAUUUAUUUCACUCGUUUGAAACAAACUCAUACAAAUCUCAGAACGUCUUUACAUACUGUUUCCAACUUGAAGACCAAUAGACGUACAAGGCAAAAGGCAAGAUUGAAAUAAAAAAAAAUACAUAGGUUAAAUGUUAAUUAGUGGAAAUGAUUUACUGUACUCUGUUCAAAAACCACUGAGUGGGAACAAUGUAAUAUAACUAGCAUAAUGCCAACAACAAACAAUAUUGUAUUGACUUGAUGAGUUUGACCUCUUUACAAAGUCAUGCGAUGACUGGAAGUGCAACAUGUGAGAGAGGUCGACAUCCACUGACUGUGGAGAACUAACAGCUUUUCAAGUCGUAAAAAUGAAUAUACUUAGAACUGGUUUUUAGUCUUCA